AUGUCAAUGAAAACUCCUGUUGUUUCGUUGCCAGAAGGAAGGGAGACGGUGGUUGUCAAGAUGAUCAACCCUGUCAACUUUGGGCCGGCUAUCCUCAAGCGUUUCAUGGCUCCAGAUGUUCCGGGCCUAGAAACUUUCAAGACGUCUCCUUCUCUCUGCUUCCUCCUGGAGCAUCCUUCAGGUCGCAAGCUUGUGUGGGAUCUGGGGAUCAGAAAAGACUACAGCAACUAUGCGCCUUCGAUAACCAAUUACUUGCCAACAACGAAUUACGACAUACAGGUGAAGAGCAAUGUGACGGACAUUUUGGAAGAAAAUGGUGUUGCUGCGGAGGAUGUCGAAGCAGUAAUCUGGAGCCACUGGCAUUGGGAUCAUAUUGGCGACCCAUCCACAUUCCCGAAAACAACCGACUUGAUUGUUGGGCCAGGGUUCAAGGCGGCGAUGCUUCCGGGCGCACCUGCAAAUCCUGAAUCUCCUAUACUCGAGAAGGACUAUGCGUAA